GCAAUUACGUCAAAAUUAACUUGCAACAAACUACAACAACAAAUAGCAAGCAAUUACGUGUCUUCAAGAUCCAAUUUACAAUUUACCAUUUUUAUAUUUAAUUUUUAUUUAUAAAUUUGAUAAAUCACCUAAACACCAUGACAUAUGUGUCCGGAGAUGGACAAGUCCUCAAAAGUAAACCAUGGGGCAUCAGCAGUAUUUUCGGAUUUUUCAGCGGAAUUAUUUAUGGAGUGGCCAUGUUCUUCCAAACUUUAUUCAACCCAUCAGCAACUAGAUACGGAGAUGGAUACACCAGAAGUUACCGUCCAGGCUCUGGACCCCCACGUCCGCCUACGUCAAAAAAAAUUCAUGGACUGAAUUUAAAACCUCCUUCAAAUGUUCCUGGUGGAUGCACAAGUUGUCAAGGAUAAUUAAAACAUAGCAAACAUUAAUUUACAUUCCAGGCAAUGAGGAGCAGUUGCGAAUGUAAAAAUUUAAAUUAAAUUACCGCAAUACUUUUAUUUUUUAAAAUCAAAAUAUAAAAAUUCAUUUUACAAAUCGAUUAGUUUAAAGUUUAAACAUAUUGUAUUUGUAUUUACAAAUGUUAUUUAUGGUUUAACGAUAUAUUAACUUACACUUAUAAAGUAUGCAAUGUAUAAUGUAAAAUGAA